AGAGAGGUUUACAUAAGAGAACCUCUUGAGUCUUGGCCAUGGAGUCUCUUGGAUACUCAUUCCAUUUACUUUCUAUACUCUUCCUAUUUUUCCCAAUCUGGGCUUCUGCGACGCAGCUAAACAUUCCUCGGCUUGGAACAGUUAUACGGAGAACAUCGCAACAUGAUGAACCUCAAACCACAUAUUCUUCAUCCGACACGGCUGAGGAUUUCAAAACAUUUUAUUACACCCAACAGCUCGAUCACUUCAACUACAGACCUGAAAGCUACGCCACUUUUCAACAAAGAUAUGUUAUCAACUUCAAGUACUGGGGUGGAGCGGAUUCCAACGCACCAAUAUUUGCAUAUCUUGGCGCAGAAGAAUCUUUGGAUGAUGAUUUAUCCACCGUUGGGUUUCUCAAUGAUAAUGCCCUCCGGUUUAAGGCCCUCCAGCUCUUCAUAGAGCAUCGGUACUAUGGGAAAUCGGUACCAUUUGGAUCAAUGAAAGAGGCUUUGAAGAAUGCGAGCACUCGUGGUUAUUUCAACUCGGCUCAGGCUAUAGCAGAUUACGCUGCUGUGCUCUUACACGUAAAGAAAAAUUUAUCUGCGGAAUAUUCUCCAAUAAUCGCUAUUGGAGGCUCCUAUGGAGGAAUGCUUGCAGCAUGGUUUCGGCUAAAGUAUCCACACAUUGUUCUUGGAUCUCUAGCUUCUUCAGCUCCAAUCCUUUACUUUGACGGCAUUUCACCGGAAGUUGGAUACUACUCUAUAGUAACCAAGGAUUUUAAAGAAACUAGUCAAAGUUGCUUUGAAACCAUCCAAAAAUCAUGGACUGAAAUUGAUAGAAUUGCUUCCAGACCUGAUGGUCUUUCAACACUUAGCAAGAGAUUUAAUACUUGCGGUCAAUUAAAUAUAUCUUCUGAUCUGAAGGACUAUUUGGAGAGUAUAAUUACUGAAGCAGCUCAAUAUAAUGCUCCCCCAAAAUACCCAGUUAGUGUUAUCUGCAGUGCCAUUGAUGGAACAACUGUUGGAACUGAUACUCUUGGCCAAAUAUAUGCGGCUGUUGUUGCUUACAAAGGAAACCGGUCAUGCCAUAACAUGAAUGAAUACAAUUAUCCAACUGAAACAAAUGAAGGGUGGAAAUGGCAGAAAUGUAGUGAGAUGGUUAUGCCCAUUGGCCAUGAUAGCAAUGACUCUAUGUUCCCUCCAGGACCUUUCAAUCUUAACGAAUUCAUCAAUGAGUGCGAGAGCUUGUAUGGCGUCCAGCCUCGGCCACACUGGGUGACAACUUAUUACGGCGGUCGUGAUUUAAAACUGAUUCUCCAAAGGUUUGCAAGCAACAUCAUAUUCUCCAAUGGGCUAAAAGAUCCUUACAGCAGUGGAGGGGUCUUGGAGGACAUAUCAGACAGCAUCGUCGCCGUCUCUACAAUUAAUGGUUCUCAUUGCUUGGACAUACUCGAGGAAAAGGCAAGUGAUCCGCAAUGGUUGGUGAAGCAAAGACAGGCAGAGGUCGAGAUUAUUGAAAAAUGGAUUGCCAAGUACCAGGCGGAUCUUUCGGCUUUCAAACAGCACAUUCCUAUAUGAUUGUGAGAAAUGUGAAUUCGAAAUAUUUCUCCCUAUCAAUUGAGGGAUUCAUAUAUUGGUAUUAAUAACCACUAGACAACCUUACAACUUCUACAUUAAUAAUAGAAGGCUACAACUAUUCAUCUCUUAU